AUUUGCGCGGGUUUACUGUUGUUAUGGGAGGCUGUCAUUCGGCGGUUGUCGGCUCACAAAAGUAAAAAUAAAAAGGUUUACUGGGGAUAUUCACAUCGCUUAACAUCGCUUGGAAAACCGAAAACAUGUCUAAGCGAGAGGCGUUUUUAGAGUCCGCCUGCAAGGAAAAUGUGGAGGACUUUCGCUUCGUCCAGCUGCAUAAGGACAAAGCAGAGCCUUUUGAUGUGGAGGAUGUGGUGCAGGAGAUGCCAAGAGACCAGAGACGGACUUUGUGGGGAAAACUGGCCUUCCUUCAGGAUGUCCUGCAGGAGUUACCUCCAGAGCGCUGGGAGGACGGCAGAGAGGACGGCAGAGAGGACGGCAGAGAGGACGGCAUGGAGGUGGCGUCAGCUGCAGAUCCUAAACAAGUCAUGGCUGUUGUAGACGGCGUGACGCUGGUGACUGCUGUGUCCAUAAAGGUCCUACAAGACGGUGACACCUACAGUGCUCUUCUGGAAAUCGCCCACAGGCUUCACGAUGUCCUGGUGUCGCUGCCUGUCUCAGAGGCACCUCUGCAGCGCCACAUCCACACACUGUGCGAGGCCUGGUGGAAGAAGGCGCUGAAGGAGAAAGAACAGUUUGGCCGCACUGCUUUCCUCAUCUCUCUGCAGAAAAGCUUCAUUUUGAAGAAACCAGGUACUGAGAUCCAAAGAGUGUGGAGUCUCCACGAUGUGCUUUUGAGUCUGGACUAUACAUCAGAGGACAACAAGCAGAUCAUUGACUUGUUGCUUCAGUGCUUUCAGCGUCCUCUUUACAUUAGAAACGAUGACGGGAAGCGAUUCCUGGUGUUUCUUUUUAGUUGGAACGUAAACUUCAUCUGGGUUAUUCACGGCACCAUCAAAAACCAGCUGGAGUUUUACAGCAAGACCAUGACUACUCAAAUCACAGAGAUUUACUUCAGAGCAUGGAAGAAGGCUAGCGGGGACUUCCUGGAGGAGAUCGAGAGCUCAUGCAUUCAGGAUUUUAUGCAGAACGCAGUCUUCCUUCAUAGAGCAUCUCCUGUCCAUGCCAAAGUCCGACAGAUCGUGAGCUAUUUCCACACAAGAAAAGGCUGCAACAAGGUGGACAAGAUGCUCUGUAAUCUCUACAAGCCCAUUCUCUGGAAAGCUUUAAGUGCUCCAAACUUCGAGGUGCGGGCAAAUGCCACUUUGCUUUUCACCGAGGCCUUCCCAGUGCAUGACCCGGAGCAGAGCAACAAGAAUGUAGACGAGGCCAUUCAAAAGCAGCUGGACACCGUAAUGGGCCUCCUUGAUGACCCUCAUCCCACUGUGCGCUCCAACGCUACGCUCGGAGUCUGUAAGAUCCUGGCCAAGUGCUGGGAGCUCCUCCCUCCUACGAUCAUCACAGACUUCCUGAAGAAGCUGGUGAUGGAGCUGGCGGCCGACAGCAGCUCCCCUGAUGUCCGCUGCUCAGUUUUCAAGUGUCUGACUAUUGUCCUGGACAACAGUCUCAGCCAUCCAAUAUUGGAAAAACUGCUGCCCACUCUCAAAUACAGCCUUCAUGACAACUCGGAGAAAGUCCGCACAGCUUUCCUUGACAUGCUAAUUAAGGUCAAGGCAGUGCGAGCUGCCAAGUUUUGGGAUGUGUGCAACAUGGACCACCUGCUGGCUCGUCUGGCUAUUGACUCCCAUUCAGUUUCCAAACGCAUCGUCGAUCUGCUCUUCAAAUCCUUCUUCCCUGUAAAUGAGUCGGAGAGGGAGUGGUGCUGUCGAUGCAUCACCCUCAUCCAGAUGAACCCGAUGGCCGCCAGGAAGUUCUACCAGCACGCCCACAAACACACAGCCCCCACUAACAUCAUAAAGCUGAUGUUGGCCAUUCGCCGGGUUUUGAACAGCUGCAUCCAGAACGAAUGUGACGUGUCGGAGAUGAAUGACAGCAACAAGGAGAACAGCGCACAGGCUGAACCUCUUUUGGGAAAAGACUUGGCUGUUGUGUCCAGUCUGCUGGAGCUUGUGGUCAUCCUGUGGAGAAGUGUCGAAAAGGCCCUGAAACAAAAUGAAGAGGCCCAGAAGUACACUUUUGCCAAGUUUGGAACUGUCAUUGCUAAAUAUUUCCAGGCCUUUGAGGAUGAGCGAUGCACCGUUCCUCUCAUACAGCUGGCCUCGUUUAUGCCCUCAGCUGCAGUUCCAACAUUCAGCUGUGGCGUCCUGUCCAAACUGAGGAGGAUGGACUCAGGAGCAGCGCCAGCUCAGUACAGCCAGCUGUUAGACUGCAUUUGCAGCUGGGGACAGGCUGCUGACGUCCUCGAACUCGUCACUGACUGGCUCACUGAGGCUCUGCCCAAGCAAGGGGAUAAGGCAAACAGCAAUCGAAAAGUGCGUAUCCAGGAGACGGUGGAGGCCAAACCAGACCUGGCACUGGCUUACCUGGAGUACCUGUUCAGCCACACUUCAACACGGGAGAAAGUCCUGGCUCUGGGUCAGAGACCACUGAAGCAGCUCCAUACAGUUCUUGGAAACUGGAGGUCGGUGUUGUACGCUCACCUCAGCUCCACCGAAGAUCCUAACAGUCCCAGUGUGGAGACUGCACUGAAAGUCUUCCUGUACCACGGCCGUCUCGGUGCACAUCUGCAACACAAUUCCUCAGAGGGACGAGACUACCUGCUGUCUCUGGAGCACGUAGCAGCGUGGGUAGCCGAGAGGGUGCUGCCCUUCCUGACUAAACGUACCGAUGAAAAUAACGAGGAGGAGGGUUCUGAGUCGCAACCACUGGCUGCACAGAUAACUGAGAGCUUCCUGACAGUGUGCCGAGACGUUUUACUUGUGGGUUUGGGCGACGAGAUGUUCAAGGGUCAAAUCCUCCACCUUUGCUCGCUCACCCUCCUCUCAGAGGCGGGUUACCUAUGCAUUCCUGCAGUGUUGCGGAUUUUGAAGGAGGUGGUAGACAGCUAUGUAGCCGAGGACAAUCAGGAUCAGGAAAAUGAGGAAGACCCAACCACUGUCAUUCUGGGUGUAGUGGCCAACAUCUUUCAGAAGAUUAUUGAGCUCUUGGCUCGCUGUCUUAGGAAGCAACCAGAGGAGGGAAAACAGCUGUGUCAAUCAGCCGUUCCUGGCCUGGCAGACUUCCUCCAUGUGGUACAGACCUGGGACAGGACUCCUCUCAGCGGGGUCUUCUCCACUCUUUUUGCCAUCAUCAUUGUGGAGAAGAGACAUUUACUUCAGAAGAUUACCCAUCCUGAGGAGGUGAUCACCCCAGAGUCAGUGGAGGACAUGCCUCCUCUGUCCAGCAUCCUGCUGUCUGUCAUCCUCAGACUUCCUUCUCUUACCAGGGCAUUUUUGACAGAAGUCACCUCAUCUUUCGAGUCUGAGGCCAUCAGCAGUCUGAAUGAACUGGCAGCCGUCCUGCACGUCUUGGCGGUCAUCAGACACACGGGGCAGUCUAAAGCGGCUUUGAAAAGCGCAGCCACAUCUGUCCAGCUGCAGCUUCACAAACAUGCAGUCACAUCUGUGGACGACAUCCAGGGGAUUAUUUAUGAAUCUUCUGUGAAGACCUUGAAUGACAUUCUGGCCCUAUAAUUUGUCUUAUUUGGUAUAUAUAAUCUGCUUUACAUUUGUAUUUUAUAGGGCUAAUGAGAGCGGUAUAAUAUCUGCUUUUCUGUUCGCAUUGCAGAUUUUCAGUUGCUGGCGGACAAAAAUGAAACUAUUAAAUAUUUCAACUUCACUGACCGGGCUUCUAAAAAGAAAAUAUGGUUUGGAUUGAACUAAAGCUGAGUACAAGUGGCUGUCUGUUACCAUGUUCUUCCAGAUUGGCUCCAUUUGUCUUUGUUUAUUUAUUUCUUGAUGGCACACAUUACUCAAGUCUCGUCUCUCAGGCUUUGUGCAUUGAAAUAUCAAUGUUGUGCUACAAACUGCAGAAAAACAGUCACUUAGACUGAGUGGUGUUCAUCUUCAAAGCUUUGUCUUCACAGCUCUGUGCUUGACUUUUUUAAAAAACAAUUUAAUAUGAAAUACAUAUAUUUUUUUCAUGUUUCACUAUCAGUGUUUAUAUAUCUGUUGGUGUGUCAGCGUGUAAACUGCGACACACUUUUAAUAAGAAUAAAAGAAAUCAAUCAGUCGAAACUUGAUGGUUAUUUC